AUGUCUCAAGCCAUUUUGGAGCGCCGUCUUCGUCCAAUCUAUGGUAGGUUUCUAAAAGAAAAAAUUGGAAAUUAAUUUAGGAAUGUUUUUAUAGAUGCAUUGGACAAUUUGAAUACGAAAAAAGCUUUACAAGAAGCAGACAAAGUUUUGAAAAAACACCCGGAUACUGCAGCGGCUAGAGUUUUGAAAGCAUUUUGCUUCAUUCGAAAUGAAAAAUUGAGUGAAGCAAUCGAAAUUUUGGAUUCGAUUGAUGUUCCGGGCGCAAAACAUGAUGCGAAUACAAUUUUAGCAUUGGUUAGUUGUUAUAAAGAAGCCGUGAUACCAGAAAGAAUAACUCGAUUAUAUGAAAGAGUAUGUGAAGUUGAACCAAAUGAGGCUAAUUAUACACAAUUAUUUAUGUCUCAUGUUAGAACAAGAGAAUUCAAAAAACAACAAUUGAUUGGAAUGAAACUAUUCAAAGAGUUUGAACAUACUCCAUAUUAUUAUUGGGGUGUUAUGGCUGUUAUAAUGCAAGCAAUCGAAAAUGAACAAUUGGGAAAGAAAAUGUUGUAUCCUUUGGCUGAAAAAAUGUUUGAUACUCAAAUCAAAAAGACUGGAUAUACAAAAGGAAGUGGAGCUGAACUUGAAUUAGAAAUAUUGAUAUUAGAAGGCUUGGAAAAAUACGAAAAUGUUAUCGAAUUGUUGAAAAAACCGCUUGAUAACAGAACUCCUGUCAUUUUCAUCAAUCAAAAACGGGCAGAUUGUUAUGUGAAACUUGAAAAGUUUGAAGAUUUGAGAAUUUUAUCUGAAAAAAUGUUGGAAGAAUUUUCGGAUGAUUGGAUUAUGUGGAAACAUCGAAUUGAAGCAACUAUUGGAUUGAUCAAACAAGGAAAUGAUCACAAAAAGAAUCUUCUCGGAACUUGUUUCAUUUUCCGAUUCUCAUAUCGAAAAAGCAACUUUGAAAACAAGAGGACCAUAUUUAGCCAGACUUGAAAUUAUCAAGAAAUUCAAUGAUUUUGAAAAUAAAACCAUCGAUUUGUCAGUUUUGGGAAAACCAGAAGAUUUGAUUUUCGAUUUUAUUCAAAAGUUUUAUACUCGUCCAACUUGUUUCAAUGAUGUUCAAAUUGUUAGUUUUUUUUUUGAAAUUUUAGAAUCCAAAUUAAAUUAAAGCUUCUUUCAGUAUUUCCCAAUUCUUUCAAGUUCAUCAAAAUCAUCGCUUAUUAAAUCAUUGGAUGGUUGGAUAAAAGAAAUAUCCGAAAACGACGAAGAAGAAGGAAAAGAAACAAAAGUAUGGGCAAUAAUUGUAUAUGAAAGAAUUCGACGAGUUUUUGGAGAAUGGGAAAAACUCAGCAAAUUAGAGCAAAGACAAUUGUUGCAACAAUUUAUUGCACAAAUUAUACAGGUUUAUCAACAAAAAAUUGAAUCUGAAAAUAAUUUUCUAUAAAAUUUCAGCCUUCAAUAAGUGAACUUGCUCAAGGAGCAUUGUCUAAUUUAGCAUCAUCCGGUUUAUGGGAUUCGUGGAGAAAAGAGGAUAAUAUUGAGCAAUUUUAUGAGAUGAUUUUGUUGUUGGAAUAUGUUGCACAGCAUAAUGAAUCUGAUCCUGUUUGUAAAUUAGAAUUAAUUCGAGCAUAUGCACAUAUGGGUGAGUUUUAUCGGGAGAUUUUGAAUAGUUUUUUGAACCGGGGUGAGAAAAAUUCUGGUCCAAUUCCUAUCAAAAACUCCUAGUUUUUUCUGUUUUUUUUUCACACUACCAAAGUUGCUAAAUAUUUAAGGUAAUACUGUAAGAGUGACUGCUUUGACGAAAUCAUUGGAUAUUAAAUCAGUUCAAAAUGAUACAUUGGGUUAUUUGAGUUUUCCGAUUUUCGAAGUUGCUGGAAGAUUUAACUUGGCAAUUAUCGUAAAUACUCAAUUAUCAGUUAUCUAUGAUCAGGCUGAAAAAGAGGUACCUAUUUACUUCAAGAAAAAAUAUUAAAAUAUAAAAUAUUGAUUUUUCUAGAUAACUGAAAGCAAUAUAGCGGCAUAUAAAAAUGGAAAAUUCGAACAAGUUCCACGUUUAUACGCAUUAUCGGAAAGAAUGAGUAAAUCAUCGCAAGCUGUUGGAUGUGAUGUUUUGAAUCGAUAUUUGUCGUCGCUUUUUGUUUUGGAUGAUUUGGAUGGAAUUAUUACAACUUGUUAUGGAGAUGAAGAACCAAUCAGUUAGUUGUUUAAUUUAAUUUUGUUUAAAAAAUUUAAUUUAAUUUUUCAGAUUGGUCUGAAUAUGUCGACAAUCGCGAUUUGAAUGUUAUCCCAACAACUGAAAAUGAGAAUUAUCAGACUAUUUUGGAUGAUAUGAAAUCAAGAACAUUCAAAGAAUAUGUGAGCCUUUCAAUUUUUCUUUUUUUUUAUUUAGCAAAUUCUCAUUGUUCAGAUUGAUGUGAUUCGCCUGCGUCAUUCGAUUUGUCGUGCAGUUUCAAGUGUUGGUAGAAUAACUCGAUCUGAUGUGCCAAAAGAGCAAUCAAGAAAACAAUUGAUUGAUGAAAUUGAUGCGUUUUCCAAACAUUUGGAGCAAUGUCAAAAAGAUUAUCAAAGUUUCGAUGUUGCGGUGGGUUUUUUGCGGGAAAUUUUGAAUUCAGAAUUUUUCACAAAAAACAAAAAUCUUUUGCAGUCUCGUCUUCCACAAUCUCCAGCUCCACUUUUCUUUGCUCAAUGGAUUCAUUCGGCGUGUUUCAAAUCGAUUCAAAGAUUCUUCGAAGCUUCCAAGAAAAUUGUUGAGCAAUUAGAUGCUGGAAAUCAAAUCGAGAAUAUUGAAAGUUUAUUGGGAUCUGAAAAAGAUUUGGAAAUUGAGUUGAAUGGUGAGUGUUUUAUCGCGAUAACUAAUAUUUCAUUUUCAAAAUGUGUUCAGUUCUUAUUGAUUCAAUUCCAUCACCGGAUCGAAAACCAUCAUCAACAUAUUUCUGGCUUCGCGAGCCAAUUUGUGCUUCUUCUCGAAUUCUUCAAACUCUUGCAAUUACAAAGAUUCAACUUCGAAUUAUUUCUCGAUUGUUUGGAAGUGAGAAAAAAGUGGAACAAGUUCCAACAAAAUCGAAAAAGAAUGUUCAAAUUCCUGUUAAAACAAAUCCAAAUAUCGAAUUCAUCAAUAAAUUAUUAGAGCAAAUCAAAAAAUCUGCAAAUUUGUUGAGCGAAAAAUUGGGAAAAUUGAUUGGAGCUGCUGGAGAAGAAGAUUUGUUGCCAAAUAAAGUGGCUGAAGAUUUGGGAACUGUAGGUUUUUCGUAUUAACUUUAUCACUAACAAAAGUUUUAAUUUUUUAAGACCCGCCUUGUUCUUGAAACAGUUCGCCCAACUGUCGAUUCUCGUAUUCGUCGUUCUUAUGUCAUGGCUCUCGAAGAUCAACAAACAACAAUUCAAUCGAGAUUUUAA